UCAAUAAUGUCUAAUGCAAGAAAGCCAAGACAGACACCUGGUCUCUCAUCAUCGAAACAACAACAACAACAGAGAAUAGUGAUCACUAAUGGUGAUAAUGUAUUCGAUGUAUUACUAUCGAUUGGAUUGGAUUCAAUUAGUAAUGAUAUAGUCAGUGCUGUGCUCAAUGGCGAGCUGUCUGACAUUGACAAGGAGACUCUCUCAAUGUUGGCGUCAAACCUUCAGCCACAACAUCUAGAGGCCAUGCUGGUGCAGUUGAAACAGCUGGCGCAGGCCAUGCCCAUGGCACCCAUCGUCACCUUUGACAAUCGCACCGCAAAGCCCAUCAAGAAGCCCAAGCAACGCGCAAACAACAAGAAGAAGAAUACAAGGAAAGCUGGCGCAUCAGGUGGAAGGAAGAAGAAGAAUGCGGCGGCUACUGGCAAGAACAAGAGGAAGAAGGGUGAAGAGGACCCAAUGGACACGGACAGCGAUGGCGAGCAUGAUAGUGAAGACGAGGAGGACGAGGAGGCAGAAGAAGAGGCAUCAGAUGAGGACGACGAGAGCUUGUCCGUCGACCCCGCCGCCGCCGCCACACAGACACAGGAGCAACCACAGACAGCCAAUGCAUUCCUCGAAUUUAUAGAGCUACACAAUAUAUCCACGGGCGCAUUGAGCGUUCUGUUGUACUGGCUGGUCGAGUGUGAUCAGUUUGCCCGCGAGACACAGUACCUCGCGGCCUCGGUCUACCUCCACAUGAUUGUGUUGGUACGACGACUGUUCCAUCCGCUCAUCUACCGUCCAAUGACCAAGUUCCUCAAGGUCAAGCAGCCAACCGCCUCGUCCAAAGCAUCGGGUGACAACCCAUUCGCAUCACAGUCAUCCCAGGCGACACAAUCAAAGAAGUCCAAGAAGCAGGCAGUUUCUGAUGGAGACGACACCAUCAUGGGCGAUGACGACAACAACGACGAUAUGGAUGAGGACGAUGAGGAGGAGCCAACAUCAUCCGGCCACGCCUCGUCCGCAUCCAAGUCCAACAGCUUGUUCAACUGGCUGCCAAACAUCACCACGCUGCUCCAACACCUCAACUUUGCCUUGGAGCGCUUCUCCCUGGACACGUUUGCCGACGCCUUUGACAACACGCUCGAGGCGGCCAUCGGUGUGUCACGCACAAUCAAUCUGAGACCACCCAAGCCAAAGGCAGCCAAGGGCAGACGCACAAUGGUCAUCUCGCCAGAAGAGCUAAAGGUCGUGGAGCUGGCCCAUCGCACACUGUCCAUCCUGAUUGGAGGAAGACACGGCGUCGCGGCAAAGGUGCUGCCGCUAGUCCUCAAGGAGCUGGUGCCCACGCUCACCCUGAACACAUUGUCUCCACUGCCCAUCACCGUGCCCAAGCAGCUGGUGCACGAUCGUGACCAGGCCAUUGCCUUUGUCGAGAAGGAGGUGUCUUCACAGCCAUCGGCGCAGGAGCACAUCAUGGUACUCCUGCAACACACAUGUAUUCGUGUGCCUGAGAAGGCGGACUACCGCGCGCACACUGUCCACUCCAUCACACUUAUUCUAAAGCAGGCCGAGCCAGCCUACCAGCACAAGUUUGUCCAAUUUCUCUGUACCUACUCCAAGAACACAAAGGCUUCAGAGGUCGCUCUGUCACUCCUCCAGGACGCAGUCUGCGGCAACAACAACAACAGCGGCGAAGGCGACUUGCCCGAAGGCGAGGAGUCGUCUCAAUCAAAGCUGCUCCUGAUACUGGUACAACGCUCAUCGGACAAGGUGUCCACAGUUAGGGCCAAGGCAUUGUCAUGCCUGGCUCAGCUGCUACAGGAUGAAUCGAUCGUCAAACAGCUCAGACCACACCUUAAGCUGGUGUCGUCCAGGUCUGAGCAGGAGUCGUCUGAGGGCAACUCGCUGGUGACCUUCUUGACCAAGCGUGCCGACGAUGAGAAGAGCGGCGUGAGGAAGUCUGCGCUCCAGGUGCUCGAGGUGCUGUGUCUGCAGGACGCUCAGUGCAAUCGUCAGAUCAUCGAGGUGCUCUCAAAGAGGACGCAUGACUCGUCCCCAUUGAUCCGCAAGCAGGUGAUCACUACGCUCACUACACUGGAGGAGAGACUCGGACAGUUCCUAUUUGUGAUUGGCGAGAUCAUCCAGAUACCCCACGCCGUCAUCCCAAGCAAGUUAAAGACCAUUGUUCAAGCACUGAUCGCACCAACUCGUGCGCCACUCGCCAAGCAGGCCAUCCCCCAAUCAGUCCGUGCUCAUGCCUUUAUCACAUUGGGCAAGCUUUGUCUUGGUGAUGACAAGCUGGCCAAGCGAUGCAUUGCCACAUUUGCCAAGGAGCUCGAGGUCAGCGAUUCGCCAGUGAUCAGAAACAAUGUGAUGAUCGUCAUGUGUGACCUGUGCAUCAGGUACACUCAGCUUGUCGACAACUACAUCCCCAACAUUGCUCGCUGUCUGCGCGACAAGUCCGAGCUGGUCCGUCGCCAGACUCUCAUCCUGCUGACGCGUCUGCUCCAGGAAGACUACGUCAAGUGGAAGGGCGCGCUGUUCUUCCGCUUUGUCGAGUCGCUGGUGGACCCGUCGCCCACUGUCUCCCAGUUUGCCCACUUCUGUCUUAUGAACGUCCUGCAGGUCAAGUACGGCGCCAUGGCCCAGAAGACGGGCGGCCAGUCCGCGCAGCAACAGCAUGGCGGCUCCACAAACAUCUUCUACUCGCACUUUGUCGAGACGAUCUUUGUGCUGAACGAGUGCAAGGCGCAUCCACAGUACAAUCAGACGAGCCACGCGCUCAUCUUCUCGACGGGCACCACCAACAGCGACAUCAACAGCAGCAAUGAGUUCACUUUGCGCGGCGAUGAAAACCGCCGCCGCAGAAUGACCAUCUACACGACCUUCUUGCAGAACAUUGACGACGCCAGUCGCUUCCACCUGGUUCAGAGACUGUGCCAGGACGUGCUGGGCGACAUUGCCGAGGAGAAGAUGCCGCUGGCCGCCUGCGCCAAUGUCGUCUAUGACACGCUGGCGGUGCUGGCGUCUAAGGACAUCAAGCUGAGCUGUCUGAACCGCGCCGCCGACGGCGACGAGGAGAGCCCCGAGGCGCUGGCACAAGCCGCCGGCAACAAGCUGCUGGGCAGCAUCGUAAAGAAGUUCGUGGUAGAGAGCAUCGUGCCCGUCGUCAUCGAACUGAAGCAUCUGCUGGAGAACAAGCGAUCGCCACUGAUCCGUGAGCUCAUGAUGUACCUGCGCGAGCUCUACAAAGACUACAAGAGCGAGCUGAACGAGAUCAUGUCGGCGGACAAGCAGCUGGCCAAGGAGAUUGAGUUUGAUCUGCGCGCCUUCAACAAGAAGGUCACGCAGUCGCCCAGUCGUCUAUCGCUCGGCAGCAGCCUCAACAGCAACAGCAGCACCAGCAGUGCCACCACCCCCAGCAAGCUGAGCCUGACGCCAGGCAAGUCUGCAGACCUCACCAACUUUGUCGUGCCCCAGCUGAGGACGCCCAAGGACAAGGGCUCCGCUACACCUGGUCGUCUCAGUCUUCCAUCGUCCGCUCAGAAGCCAUUCGCAACACCCAUGCGACUAUCCAUCGCGUCGAUCACCCCUUCCAAGCUGCCAAGUGGCAGCAGUGGCAGUCUGAGCACUGGCGCCAAGACACCAUUGAGCAAUAAUAGCAACAGCGCACGCAAGCAGGCACCGAUCCCAAUGAACCUCAUGGCUGCAGCAUCUUCAUCAUCUCCGCCUGCCCCCUCAUCAGUAGUCCGUGUCCAAUCGGCAAUGAGACACUCGAUUGGUGGAGCUGGAAAUGGCAAUGGCAAGGGUAGUACCACACCUUUCAAGUCAUUAAGAUUCAGUCUACCAUCAUCAAAGCGACAGGACGAUGUUGAUGGCGAUGGUGAUGAUGAUGAGGAGGAGACAGUAAUCAAGAUGAAUGUCUUGUUGGACCAAGAGAACAUACCGCCACCUCAGCAAUGGAAUGUACACAUAGAUGAGAAGCAACAACAAAAGAAUAAGAAACAAGUUGAUGACGAUGAUGAUGAGGACGAUGAUGAUGACGAAGAUGAUGAAGAGGAAGAGGAUGUCGUGUCACCACCAAAGAAGGUAAAGAAGAUAAGCAAGACAUCAACAAUCAAGAAGACCGAUACCAAUGUACAUAAGAAAUCAAAGACAUCACAUGUUGAGUCAACUACAAGAUCAACAAUAACAACAAGGUCAAGCAGCAGGGCAACAUUAUCAUCAUCAACAACCAGCGACAGUCCAAUCAAGAAGAAAGGUAGGACAGCC